AUGGCGUGGGAAUUCAAGAAAAUGUAUAUGAUGUGUGUGUUCUUGAUGGCACUGUCGAAUCUGUCGCCUACGGUCCGAGCCGAUCCACAGGUUCCUUGUUACUUCAUAUUUGGUGAUUCAUUGGUUGAUAAUGGAAACAACAAUAUACUUUCGUCUUUGGCUAGAGCCGAUUAUCAACCCUAUGGGAUUGACUUCCCUGCUGGACCGACCGGAAGGUUUUGCAAUGGUAGAACUACUACUGAUGUUAUUGCUCAACUCUUGGGGUUUGAUGAUUUUAUUCCACCAUAUGCAAGUAUAAGAGGCCAAGAGCUCCUUAGAGGGGCAAAUUUUGCUUCAGCAGCUGCAGGAAUAAGAGAUGAAACGGGAAGGCAAUUGGGUGAUCGGAUCAGUAUGAAUGGACAAGUAAGAAAUUAUCAAACUGCUGUGGCUCAAUUGGUCGAAAUACUUGGCGACGAGGAUUCGGCAGCCGACCACCUAAGCAAAUGCAUCUUUACAGUUGGAAUGGGCAGUAAUGACUACCUCAAUAACUACUUCAUGCCUUUGUAUUACACAACAGGCCAGCAGUUCAGCCCAGAAGAAUAUGCAGAUGUUCUAAUUCAAGAGUACUCUGGGCAAUUAAGGACAUUGUAUGAUUAUGGAGCAAGGAAGGUAGCAGUGAUAGGAGUUGGUCAGAUUGGUUGCAGCCCAAAUGAAUUGGCUCAAAACAGCCCCAAUGGAGUGACUUGUGUUGGCAGAAUCAACUCUGCAAAUCAAAUAUUCAAUGAGAAGCUUAAAGCUCUAGUUGAUGAUCUGAACAGCAAUCUAGAUGGUGCCCAUUUCACCUACAUAAAUGCCUAUGGGAUUUUUGAGGACAUGAUGAAGAAUCCUUCAGCCUAUGGGUUUACUGUGACAAACAGUGGAUGCUGUGGUGUGGGGAGGAACAAUGGUCAGAUUACAUGCCUUCCUCUUGAAAUUCCAUGCCAAAAUAGGGACCAGUAUCUGUUCUGGGAUGCCUUUCAUCCAACUGAAGCUGCAAAUGUGGUCGUCGCAAGGAGGUCUUACAGCGCCCAGUCUUCCUCUGAUGCUUACCCCAUUGAUAUUCGUCGCUUAGCUGCAAUCUAA